AUGCAAGUAAACGGGGUACACAAGAGGAGGAGAAAGACAGAGGAGGAGACAGAGGGGGAGACAGAUACCACAGAAAGCCGCAAUAGAAGAAAACGCAAACAGAGCGAACACAAAAAGGGUUUAGGGGCCCCCGAGGGUUUGGGGGCCCCCGAGGGUUUGGGGCCCCCCGAGGGUUUGGGGGCCCCCGAGGGUUUGGGGGCCCCCGAGGGUUUGGGGGCCCCCGAGGGUUUGGGGGGCCCCAAGGAAGACAGUGAAGGAGAUGAGAGCGAGGAGGAGGAGUGGAUCCCGGAAGCUGCAUUUGAGGCCUCUCUACGCGCAAUACCCAAAACAAUACCCUUUUGGGGGGCCCCCCGGUCCUUCACUCUGAGCGUCGCCUUGCCGGCCUCCAUCAUAGCCAAUGCACAGCUGCAGCAGUGA